AUGGAAGAUGGAUGGAUAUCUCCAUCUACUUACAACAAACAACAAUUGUAUUUGCAAUCGGUUAAAUUAAUUCGAGGCAAUAUUUCCAAAAUAGUUCGUGUUGUCAAUGGAAAAUAUGUUAUAAAACCAUUCAAUGAAGAUUACAUUCAAUGGAUUAAAAAUCAGACUUAUAUUGAUUAUCCAUAUUCAUCUUGGAAUUGUUCGACUAUAUCAAAUAAAAAAUCUGGUAGUCAUGAAUAUUGUCUUCUUACUAACAUUUAUUUUAUUUCAUCUACUAAUACUUACUAUUAUUAUCGUCAUCCAUCAGAAAAUAAAGAGAUGAGCCGAGAUCGAUAUAUAUCUUCCCAUGGUGAAAUUCAAAUUCACAUUCUUGAUAAUAUAACUAUGAUAAAACAACUUGGUGUCGCAGCUAUUUUAACACAACCGAUUCAUAUGGGUGGUGCACCGGAUUUGAAUUAUGCUCAUGGAUUUCUCGAAAGAUGUGGUCCUCUUUUUUGGGUUCUCGCUGAGUAUCAAUCUCAUCCAAUGUUUGUUGAUCCGAGUAAAAUUCAACUUUAUUAUUCAUCUAAAAUGGACAUCGAUUAUGGAGGCAAUUUAUGGCAACCUAUGAAACGACUUUCGAAUGGAACUUAUGAACCUACACUUCGAUGGAAUAAAGUACUUUACGCCAUGUUCUCCAUUUAUCCAUUAUUAACUUAUAAAUCAUUUGAUCAAGCCACAGUGAUGUUCAAACAUAUGAUUUUCACUGGAUCACAAGAUAAACGAUCGGCUGCGUGGGGUAUUUAUUAUGAACCGGUGAGACCACAAAAUUAUUAUCCAUUUGAAAUACAACAUUAUCGACGAGCUUAUUUAGCCUAUUCAGAAUGGAUAUUGAAUAAUUUUAAAUUACAUUCAAAAUUCGAAUUAACAUCCAUUCAAAAGAUCUUACAAAAGAGUCACAGGUCCGAAGAAAUAUCCUUUUGUUAUGAACGAUGUCAAAAUAAAUGGUUCAGUAAAUCAUCAACAAUAGAAGAAACAUUUACUGGAGAAUGGAUUGUUGUUUUGAAUCGAGCUGGUGUCGGUCGUCGAGAAUUAACAAAUGCUGAUGAAUUAGUAGAAGCAUUACUGAGAGCAUUUCCUGAUCAUACGAAUCCUUAUCUACGUGUAUGGCCAAAACAAUUCAAUUUUGAUGAUGAUUUGUAUGAAACAGCACGUAUGGCUCGAUCGAUUCGUGUUCUUAUCGGAGUUCAUGGAGCAGGAUUAUCGAAUACUCUAUUCAUGCGACCGGGUACAAUUCUUUAUGAAAUCGAUCCACCUGGUUGUCGUCUAUUAUCAUUCAAUUUUCGACGUUGGGCUGAAGUAUUUAAUCUGCAAUAUGGACUAUGGAGUCCCGGAGAUAAAAAUGAUCAUUGUUCACGUGACGCAGCAACUACAGUCGAUGUGAAUGAAGUCAUUAGUGAUGUGAUCAAUUUAAUUCAAAAUGAAAAUCAAUAUCGAAGUGGUUAUUUAUCACGAGCCCUCGAUAUUCUUGUGAAUGAGUGA